CAUUUCACUGUCCAUUGUGUUCUUUUCAUACAUCUCACCAUGUGAUUCUAUUCAAGGAACCAAACUUCUGUGUAAGUGGUAGUGAGCAUGUGAUCAUGUUGAACCUAUAAGGGGGAUACAGUGUCACUUCAGACUGGCCAAUCAAACACAGUCUUGCCUCUUAAGAGUGAAGAAAACUGCAGAUUAUUUUUAUUUAACUCAGAUAUUUGAACACGAUGACAUCUCCAAAUCUUGUUGUCUACCUGACAUGUCUGUUGUUGGGGAAAAUGGGUGAGUCAUAAUUAAAACUUUGGAUGCUUCUGAACAUUUUAAUGUACUCAAUAUGUUGUAAAUUAUCACAGGAUUUAUUGUGCAUUUGCUUUGUCUUUCAUUUCACAUCAGCUCAAGCGACUAAUCAGAACUCCGAGAGUAAUUUUGUGUCAGCUAAUGUUGGUGAAAGCUUGACUUUACAAUGUUUCUUUGGCCAUGAUGAUCCAACAAGGAUUUUCUGGUACAAGCAAAGUCUGGGAGAGAAACCAAGGCUUAUCUCUACCCUAUAUGCGUUCAGUAGAAACGGCACUUUCUUUGAUGAAUUCAAGAACAAUCCACGCUUCGCAUUGGAUACUGAAACGGGUAACAAUCACUUGAAGAUAUCAGAUCUACGCACUUCGGACUCAGCUACUUACUACUGUGCAAAAAGGACUAUAACUAUUGAAUUUUUGGUAGGAACUUUAGUUAGCGUAAAGGGUUCGGGUUUGGAUGUCCCAGCUUUGGUCCAUCAGUCAGAGUCUGACACCGUCCAGCCAGGAGGCUCUGUGACUCUGAACUGCACCGUCCACACUGGGACCUGUGAGGGAGAACACAGUGUUUACUGGUUCAAAAACUCUCAGAAAUCUUAUCCAGGACUCAUUUACACCAAUGGAGGCAGGAAUGAUCAGUGUAAGAGGAACACACAGACACAAACCUGUGUCUACGACCUGCCAAUGAAGACCCUGAAUCUGUCUCAUGCUGGGACCUACUACUGUGCUGUUGCAUCAUGUGGACACAUACUGUUUGGAAAUGGGACCAAGCUGGACUUUAAGGAUGAAGUUGACUCUUUUGGCUUGGUGUAUUUCCUGAGUGGAGCUUUGACUUUCAUGUCCAUCCUGGUUGCGUUACUGGCUUUCUUAUUGUACAAGUUGACCAAGAGAACUAGGUGCCAGUGUUCAGAGUCUGAAGCAAGAAAUCCAUCUCCGUCCGCAGCAAAUGCAGAGGGUUACCAAGAUGCAGAAAGCCUCCAUUAUGCUGCUUUAAGUGUCAACCUGCCCAACAGAUCAAGAAGACAGAGGGACAACAGCAAUCAUGAAUGUGUGUACUCCAGUGUAAAGCAAUAGAACUGGACAUUUGUACCAAAUUUUUAGUAUUUCUUUGAACAUGUAUUAUUCAUUUAGAUGCAGAGUUAAAUGUAUGUUUGUACUUUUCUUGUGGUCCGGGAUGUGUAGUUUCAAAUAUGGAUAUACAAACCUCUCAAAUAUGCAGCUGAUCACUCGUUAUAAGUUGAAAAUCACAUUUCUGGAGGUGAUGAAAUACUCAAGUUUAUAUCCAUUAAUCUAUAUAAUUGCUGAAAAGGGAAAUAAAAAGUUGCUUGUUUAACCUGCUAAUCUUCAAAAGAUUCUGUUAUUAAUCCAGACAGAAAUGAUGGAAAUGGUUUCUAUAAAGUUUAACCCAUAAAGUCUCUUAACAGAUCAUGUUGCUAAACACAGCCACAUGUAUACCAUAAUUGUAAAAAAAAAAAAAAAAAAAGAAGUUAAAAAGAAGAUAACAUGCUCAGUCCAGUUGCAGUGUGUUUUAAUAGAGAAACUGUGAGAAGACGGUCCUGACAGUGUUAUUAAUGGAGAGAGAACUUUUAACUGAUGUGUGAUUUUUCAUGAGACUGCGAGGACUGUUUUUGAUUUCUCUAUCUCCAACACACCUGUUGAUAUUUUUUGCCAUUUAUUCUUGAACAUUUCCAUUUUUCUUAGCACUUACAGGAUAUUAUUGUCAGUUAUUCAUCACCUUCGCCCUCUCUCAAGCCUUUUAAAUAUUUCAACUGUGGUCCUGAUACUUUACCAAUCUGAGCUUGUUCUUCUCUAGUGUUACUUUGCUUCUUGUUUUGUUUUUUUAAAGCAUGCAUCUAAAAUCAUAGAAAUAUAUUUGUGGUUAAACCAAAAGGCCAGAUUAAUUUAUGCUAAACAGAAAGCUGCUGUAUUGAAAGCUGCUGUAUAGAAAGUUAAAUUAUUUCUCUUUUGUCCUUAAUUAUUUUUUCACCUUAUGUGCAUUUGCAUUAUUUUAUUUUUUUUCACCUUAUGUGCAUUUGCAUUAUUUUAUUUUUUUUCACCUUAUGUGCAUUUGCAUUUCCAUUAACUGUUUGUUACUUUGAUGCUUGUUUUGUUUUUUUUGAAAGCAUGCAUCUAAAAUCAUAGAAAUAUAUUUGUGGUUAAACCAAAAGGCCAGAUUCAUUUAUGCUGCACAGAAAGCUCCUGUACAGAAAGUUAUAUUAUUUCUCUUUUGUCCUUAAUUGUUUUUUUUUUCACCUUAUGCGCAUUGUGCAUUUCCAUUAACUGUUUAUGCAAAAUAACAAAUAAAUUACAUUUAUUUGUGGGA